CAAGAUUCAAAUGUCCUUAGUCGCAUCCACCGUUCGUAUCAUAUCGUACACCUCUGGGGAAGGUAAUUAACGCAGACAACACUUAUUCAACCUCAUUCAAUUAUUGUUUAUAUUCCAUUUUUUAACCAAAAAAGUAUAAAAAGUUUAUAGAGAUAAGAAGGAGUCCAUGUUUAUGUGCGAGUUUUGAUAUAUGAACGAUCAACCUCUCUAGUGAUUAUGGAGGAACGUUCAUCAAACUCAGAAGAGACUGAUACUAAAUUCCUUCACCUUUUAGCAGAUGAUUUUGCUGGACUUUCUUUAACUGACGAAGAAGUUGCUAUUUUACGCUCCCACCUUCCCUACAGAAAGGACUCACAUACCUCUAAUAGUGAGCACAGUCAAUUGGAGUCAGAUUAUAAUGCACAGAGGAAGGAGGAAAAAGGAAUAGAAAAUACCACUUCCGAUGAGAAUGCCAUACCCAAAUCCACACUGUUAGAAAAAUCGACACUUCCUGAACCUUUCAACCAAGGGGAAGAAGAUGAAUCGAGUACACAGGAAUAUCAUAGAGAAUUCGAUCGAUUUUUAUCCUCUCCUUCAUCAGAAAAUGCUUCGGCUACUCCGAGAAAACAGCUUCCUAACAAUUCACCUUUAACUCCUUUAUCCUUGAUAUCUAGAGGGAUUUCUUUGAAUAGCGAUGAUGAAACUGAUACGGACGAACAACUUUCCCCAGUGCUUACUGCAAAGAAAACUUACGGGGACCUGAAUUAUCCAUCGACUUUGUACCACUCUGAUGAUGGAUCUUCCAAUGAAUCAUUGCAUCGUGAACAGAUAAUCUUAAGCGAUGAAUUGGAAGAUGCAAAUGAUGAAAACCCCGGGUAUCUUACUCCCAUAAAGGAAGAAGGUUCCUCCGCCUAUUCAUCGAAAAUACCGGAUACUACUGUGUUGAGCAGAAAGAUCUCUGAUAUAUCCAUCCCUGCAUCUGCAAUGAAAGAAUUAGAAGAAAAAAAAGGCCUUUUAAGCAAGGAAAUUCGUGAUGCUCCGCCAGGAGCGUCUUUGACGUUAAAAGAACAAGCCAACGUUAUAGACAAUCUUCGUAAAGAAGCAUUUGGACUCAAGCUUAAGUGUUUUUUCUUGUAUGACCAACUAAACAAAUUCCAUGACUCUGAGGUCCAAGACAUUAUGAAGCAAAAUAUAGAUUUGAAAACGCUUACGAUGCAACUGCAACGUGCAGUAGCCACUUAUGAAAAAAAGAUAUCCUCUUAUGAAAAGAAACCCUCCACUGCUGCUUCUGAUACACUGCAGUCGAAUCUGCUUGAUUUACAGAAAAAAUAUUCAAAAACUUAUUCUGAAUUAGAGUCUACGAAAAAGGCAUUGACUAAAGCAGAAAAAGAGCGACGGAAGCAACCAAAUUCUGUUUAUGAUCCAUAUCAUGGGAAUGAGAAAAGCACUCUUUCUUCUUUACUAGAUAGCGAGCGCCGUGAAAAAGAAGCAUUGUUACAAGAAGUAGACUCUUUACGUAGUUUGCUUGCCCAAAAAAGUCAGAUUAAACCUCGGACACCUGAUGAAAGGGUUAUACAGAGUUUACAGCGUACUAAUGAUCUUUUACGGAAGGAUCUUGGUGCACAGAAUGAAGCUUUUCUAUUUCAAAUGCAAGAGAAAGACAAGCUUAUGCAGGAAAUAGAAGAACUAAAGGGUAAUUUAGAUGCCGCAAAAUUGAAUGCAGUCGCUGAAGCUGAAGCAAGUAAAAAUGAAAUAUGGGAUUUAAUGAUGGGGUGCAAGAUGAAAACACAAGAGCAAGCCGUUGAGCUUAGUCGACUUUAUAAACAGCUCGAAGAAAUUGAAUAUGAUUGCGAAAAUAAACUUGUCAAAAUGGAACAGCAAUGGAAAGAUGAUGUUGAUCAAUUACAGCAAUAUGUAGAGGAGCUUACUCAGGACCUACAAACUGCAAAAGGCGAGCUAACCAGAUCCGUUAGUGACUCUCGUGCAUAUGAACAAGCGCUCAAUGAUUUACGAAGGGAAACUGAAACAGAACUUAAUCAAUUUGACAAAACAAUACGUGAAAAUGAAGAAAGUAUUGGUCUGUUCAAAGAAGAGAUUGAAAAAUUGACUGACGAGCUUUCUCAUCUUUCUGAAAGUUACCGUGAAAAGUCCGAUGAGUUGAAGGAUUCUGAAAUUAAAAUUGCUGAUUUCCGACAAAAGUUAGAAGACUCUAAGAUGCAGUCCUCAGAAGUGGAUGCACUGAACAUCCAAUUGGAGAAUUCCAACAAGUUAUGGCAAUCAGCAACUGAAGAAAGAAAUUCAUUAAAAGAAAAAUUAGACAUCAUGAAUGCUGAAAUCGAGGGCAUGAGAAGUCAUAAAUUAGAGUCAAGUGAAAGGGAAAGAGAACUGCAAAAGCAACUUGAGGAAUUAAUUAUAGAAAUUGAUCAGUUGAAGCACUCACACGAAGAUGAAAGUAAAGAGAUUUAUGUUUUGUCUACUCAGUUGGAUGAAAAGAAAAGUGAAUUGAGUGAAGUUGCCCAAGAAAAGGCGACUAUUAUGAAAAAAUUGGAAGCACUAGAGAACCGAUAUACAGUUCUACAAAACAGUUUUACGUCACUGCAAACUGCUAUCCUGGAAACCUUUGACAAGAAGGUGGAACAUUGUUCUGCUGAGUUACUAGUACGUCAAGUGAAAAAAUUAAAGGAUGAAAGUAAACGAUUAAAUUCUGAGAUAGAGAAGUCUACUCGACAGUUCAGCAAGAAUGAGCAAAUUAUAAGAGAAAGGGAAACUUCUAUGGAGACUCUUCAAUCAGAAAAGAAAGAGCUAAAAGCCUUACUUGAUUCGGAACGUCGCUCAAAGAAAGUAAUGCAAUCUGAACUCGACGCUUUGAACUUGCAGAACACUCGCCGUAGUCUCAGUAGCUCUUCAAGUCCCUCGGAGCGAUCGCAAUCUAGAGAAUUCAAAUUGCUACAAACUUCUGAGAAACGUUUGAAAGAACAAAUUGAUGAGAGAAAUAAACUAAUAAAGACUGUCAUUAGCCGUUUAGCUCAACUAUCCUCGUCUAGUGCAAUAAGUGGAAAUAAUAAACCUGAUUCUUUAACUACAUUUUCUAGUAUGAAUCAGGCAAUGCAUGGCCAACUGAAGGAAUUAGAAAAAUCUACUCAAGGAUUUAAGAAGAAGUGUAAAGCUAUGGAACGAGACUUCAAGAUUGAGAUUAACAAACUUGAUAGUAAUUUAGAGGCCCGAAGCAAAAAGCUUAGUCAAUUGGAAGAACGUUUCAGACUUAUGAAUGUCUCAACUUUAGGAUCUCGACCUGCUUCUCCUAUGUCUUCAAAAAAAUUAAUUGCUGCAGCAGAAUCACCAGAUGACAAGAAACCUCCGCCUGAUAGAUCAGCGGUACAACGUGGUAUCACCGCAUUGAAACGCGACGCUGAAGGGAUGAGCCAUAUUUGGCAAUUGAGAUUGCGCGAAUUGGAGUUUCAACUCAAAGCUGAGCAAGAAGGUCGGAAACAUGAUAAACUAGGAGCUCGGGAGCGCCUUCAAGAUUUAGUCAAGCAAAAUCGAAGCCUCUCCCAGCGAAUCACGUUGGAUAAAAACUUGCAAAAUUCUGUUUCUUCGCAUGAAGCCGAUAGCUAACAGUCCAAGACAUUCAUUCUUUUAUUGUUUAUGGUUUAUUUUCUCUCUUUUCGUUCUCUUUCAAAUUUUUGUAUAUUUAGAUUUUAUAAUAUUAUGGAAUGGGCUUAACGUGCUUACUUCAUUCAGUUAGUUAAUGGACAAAAUAAGCGAGUUUGCGAGUAUUUUUUAAUAUCUACGAAUAUAGUUUAAUUAAUGCGUUCACGGAGCUACUUUAAUGCGUACUAGUCCUUAAUGGUCAUCUUAGAACAUUAAUCAUAAGUUUUGGGGCUGUGCCCAAUAAUUC